CAAAGAUUUUGCGCCAGGAAGAGCAGCCAAGCGUGGACUGGAAAGCGACAAGGCAAUGGAGCUGUCCAGGUUCGAUCUCCGAUCGUGCCCUUCCGAUAGGACAGCCGUGUUCUGGUCUUUCCACCGGGCGAACACCGUGUCACAGCCGUCAGACACGACGAGAUGGGCGAUCAGGUCGAUGGCGAGCGGCAUGUUGUCCGUCAGGUCCAGUACCGAGUCCAUCUCCUCCACGGAAUGCACACCAUCGGUGAUGUCGACGAAAAUAUUGCGCGCCGCAUCACGGCUGAGCGGCGCAAGCGAUGGAAGAAAGGGUCGCGUCCAGCGGACCUUUCCGGGCCGUUCAGCCCCGCGCAUCGUGAUCUGAUGGAAACAAAUCAGCUGGAUUAUGUACCUGAACUGAUGUCACCAAAUCCACCUACCACAAUCGAGAGCACGUCUCGAAAUUGUCCAAGAUCAACAGCGCAG